CUCCGCUGACUUUCACUGGUGCUCACUUUCUCUCUCUCGCUCUCUGGUGGCUCACACACACACACACACUCUCACAAACACACACGCUCUGCUGCUGCUGCCUGCCACACACAUACGCGCGCGCACACACACACACACAAACUCUCGGAUCACACACACACACACUCUCGCUCCGGUGAGCGUCCGCGCUGCUUUAGAAACUUUUUUUUACCCAAACUUGGCGGAUUGAAACGGGAGUGACGUCAUCGCGGAGCUGUGAGACCCGGUGUGUACGUCUCUCGGGUUCGGCACCGCGCGGCACCAUGUGUGCAGCGCAGCUCCGGGCGCGUGUGGUCGCGCUGCUGCCGCUGCUGCUGCUGCUGGAUUCGGCGCGGUUCUGCCGCGGACUCAUCACAGGUACGGAGGCUAGCUGCGAGAACGAGGGCGAGCUCCUGCACAUCCCCCACAUCACCGACAACCCCUGCAUCACCUGCAUCUGCCAGGACGGGAAGGCACACUGUAAACAAGAGAAGUGUCCGGCGCUGCCUGAAGACUGCGCCCUGGUGGUGAAGCAGAGCGGCGCAUGCUGUGAGAAAUGCAAAGGCUGCAGCUUGGACGGACAGUUGUACAACAGCUCAGAUUCCUGGACUAUGAACAGCAGACCUUGCAUCACCAGCAGCUGCCAGGAAGGCGUCAUCACAGAGUCUCAAGUUCAGUGUGUUGUUCACUGCAAGAACCCCAAAGUCCACCCAAAGAAAUGCUGCCCGACCUGCCCAGGCUGUAUAUUUGAGGGACGUCUGUACAGAGAGAAGGAGGAGUUCAGUCCUGAGGGACGGCCGUGUGUCAGGUGCACGUGUGCAGGCAGCAGGACUCUGUGUGUCCAGAAGGUGUGUCCGGUCCUCUCCUGCCCCACCCAUCUCAGCCACACCCCCCAGGGUCAGUGCUGCCCCCGCUGCCUCGGUCAGCGAAAGGUGUUUGACUUGCCACCUGGCAGCUGUCUCUUCCUCAGCGACGUGCAUGACCACGGGGCCACCUUCUUUCCUGACAACUGCACCUCCUGCACCUGCUCGGACUCGACAGUGGUGUGCACUCGUCGAUGCGCUCAGCCAGGAAGUUGCCGCGGAGACGGCUGCUGUCAGGAGUGUCUGACCUACGUGAAGGUGGAGGAGGUGAAGUACUGCAGAGUCCGGAACAAGGUCUACCGGGAGGGCGACAUGUGGUCUUCAGUCAACUGCUCGCUGUGCGUCUGCGACAAUGGUAACAUCGUGUGUCGACCCAAAAACUGUGUCCCGGUCACCACCUGCCCCCCUAACAAGAUCCUGAACAGAACCGGCUGCUGUCCCGUCUGCACUGAAAAACCUGGCGUGUGCACUGUCUUCGGAGACCCACACUACAACACCUUCGAUGGCCGGACCUUCAACUUCCAGGGCACCUGCCAGUACGUGUUGACCAAGGAUUGCGGGGGAACUGGAGUGGGAGCCCCAGUGGUCGGGUCAGACUCGAGCUUCCAGGUUUUGGUGAAAAACGACGCCAGGCGGACCCGAUCCUUCUCCUGGACUCAGUCUGUUGAGGUCCAACUUGGCACCCUGGUGCUCGGGCUCCACCAGCACCUGACGGUCCGCAGGAAUGGAACACGUAUUGCAUUGCCCUACCACGGGCCAGGAGUCCACAUCGAUCUGGACGGCUAUCUGCUCAAGCUCACCACUAUAGCAGGUCUGGAGAUCACAUGGGACGGAGACAGUUUUGUGGAGGUGGUGGCCGCGCCGCACCUGCGCGGUCGCCUGUGUGGGCUCUGCGGGAACUACAAUGGCCAUAAACGUGACGACACCAUGGGAGGCGACGGCAAUUUCAAGUUUGAUGUGGAGGAGUUUGCCGAGUCGUGGCGGGUGGAUAGCAACCAAGUCUGCUCGCAGCUGGUCCCUCCAGCCCGCGCCACCUCUUUCUCGUGUCCCGGCAGCACCAAGGUCAAGUUCCGGGCCCAUCGUGAGUGUCAGAAGCUCAAGUCCUGGGACUUCCAGAAGUGUCACCGCCUUGUCGACUUCGGGGAAUUCUACAGGUCGUGUGUGACAGAUAUGUGCGAGUGCCCUGUGCACAAAAACUGUUUCUGCGAGUCGUUCCUGGCCUACAGUCGCGCCUGCGCCAGAGAAGGAGUCACUGUCUCCUGGACGCCCGAUGCUGCGUGCGUUUCGGCUCAGUGCAAGCACGGAGCCGUUUAUGACACCUGCGGACCGGGAUGCACUAAAACCUGUGACAACUGGAACGAAAUCGGACCGUGCCACAGACCUUGCGUGGCUGGUUGCCACUGUCCUGCCAACCUGGUCCUGUUCCAGGGCCGCUGUGUCAGACCCGCCGCGUGCCCGGGCCGGUGACGCACGUGGUCUGUGACGGACUAGGGGUCGCGUGUUCCCACCAGAGAGCCCGUCAGGGACAGAACAUACUGUUGCCACAAGUUGGCGCCAACAUGACUUUCUCACAGAGUCGGUGUGGUGCUGGAACUGCCUCCGCACCCAAACUCCACUGGCGAUAAGCUGGAUCUCCUUGUACUGUAACUGUCCAACAGCAACAGUUAUUAUUGCUGUUUUUGUUAUUUAUACUGUUGCUGGAACCAGAACCAGUGUCUGAAACACUUAAGGGAAAAAACUAUUUAUGUUUGUGUGAAAACAAAUGUGACACACACACACACGCACAGCAGACUGAUCAUGUGACUGCAGGACUGACUUUAAAGUGGAACCUGCUGGUUCACUCACACUUCCUCUUUUCUUUUUCGGCACUGGUCACCUGACCCCCUGGCUGAGCGCCAGGAAAAGACAGUGGACUCACAGUCACCAGAUGACGCUGGUUCAGAACUGGACCUGAGCCGGGUCCAGAACAACACCACAUAUGUGACUCAACACAUGAAUCAGCAACUAAAGUAGAAACAAACCGGCAGUUGUCACGAACACGAGCAGCUGAGUCCGUGUGUGUGUGUGUGUGUCAGUGAGUGUGUGUGAGCGCAUGUCUGUCGUGAAUGUGCCUCAACCAUGUGAUGCAUU